AUGGCCGCUAGCGACGUUGUCGAACAAAGGCAGGAUAUAAAUCAUCAAAAUCAGCAACAAAAUCAACAGAAUCAUCAAGAAAUUAUUGAUGCACUAACCAGAGAAGCUGAGCAACUGAAGGCCAAAUUAGAGGAAGAAAGAUCGAAAUUAAGCGAUGUUGAUCUUGCAUCAGUAGCACAGAGAUUGGAUAGUUUAACAAACUUCACAAUGAAACCUCGAAAAAUUUUGAAAGGCCAUCUUGGGAAAGUACUCUGCAUGGAUUGGUGUACAGACAAGAGGCAUGUAGUAAGCUCAUCACAAGAUGGCAAAAUGCUUAUAUGGGAUGCAUUUACAACCAAUAAAGAGCAUGCAAUAACGAUGCCGACAACGUGGGUAAUGGCUUGUGCGUAUGGGCCUUCUGGGACUGUUGUGGCUUGCGGAGGCUUAGACAACAAAUGCACACUCUACCCACUCAGUUUGGAUGAGGACCCAGCUAGUAAAAAAAAAGUUAUUGCAACUCAUACAAGCUACCUCUCCUGUUGUAAAUUUACCAAUUCAGAUCAACAGAUAUUGACAGGCAGUGGGGAUAGUACCUGUUGUCUUUGGGAUGUGGAAAGUGGCCAGAUGAUGCAGAGCUUCAUAGGACAUACUGGUGACGUAAUGAGUCUAGAUUUAUCUCCAUCAGAAUCUGGAAACACCUUCGUGUCAGGGAGUUGUGACAAAACAGUAAUGGUCUGGGAUAUGCGUACGGGGCAGUGUGUGCAGGCCUUCGAGGGGCAUGAGUCAGAUGUCAACAGUGUCAGGUUCUACCCUAGUGGGGAUGCCGUGGCCACAGGCUCUGAUGAUGCUACAUGUCGAUUAUUUGACUUGAGAGCUGAUCGAGAGGUGUGCAGGUACAGAAAGGAUAGCAUCAUUUUUGGCUGCAAUGCAGUUGAUUUUUCGCUAAGUGGUCGUUUGCUGUUUGGCGGUUACAAUGACUACGUGGUGAAUGUCUGGGAUGCCCUAAAAGCCACACGUGUCGUCAUGUUGUAUGGCCAUGAGAAUAGGGUCAGUUGUCUCAAUGUCUCCCCAGAUGGCACUGCGCUAUGCACUGGUAGCUGGGAUUUCACGCUUAAGGUCUGGGCAUGAUCAUGGCAAUGAUUAUCAAAUAAAUGGAUCCGUCAUCUUCCCCAUACUCUUCCUCGUCAUCAUCAUCUCCAUCCUCUUCUCCUCCUUCUCAUCAUCUCUAUCCUUUUUCAGCUCCUGCUCCUUCUUCUUUUCAUCAUCAUCAUCAUCAUCAUCUUUAUUAUCAUCAUAUUCACCAUCUACAUAAUCAAAUCAUAAUAAUAGAUUUCAUUUCUCUCGUGGCUUUUAUUAUUAUUAUUAUUAUUAUUAUUAUUAUAACUAUGUAUAUAUGUAUAUUGUUUAAAUGCCAAAAAUUAUUUUCUUUUCGUGAAUGUAUUUUAAUGAUGAUAACACCGAAUAGGUGAUGUAGUGAUAUGCCCUAGGAUAAAUAAUAGUAAUAUAACCAUUACAAUAUCAUCAUCAUCAUUAUUACUAUUAUUAUUAUUGUUAUUAUUAUUUAUUUAUUAUUAUAUUAUUUAUUUGCCUCACUUACAAUUUGUGAAAACAUUUUUUUUUCCUUUUUAAGUCGGUAUCAUUGUCC